AUGGGCCAGAUUGGGAAGGGCGGUACGAGGGUGAGACUUGGCGUUGGUGUUUUGGAACAUCAAAGAUGGACAGGGUUUUCGCGGAGGUCGCUCCUCGGAUAUCUCCACAACUACAGGUCGGGGGUCUUCCAAAAUCGAGAAGAUUGGUGCAUAUGGCUAGGUCACUUCACCUUACAAUUUGUAUGGCACUCUGGCCCGGGGUUGUGGUGUGGUAGGGGAGAACGGGGGAUAAUCCCACACAGGAGCUUCGAACAACGUCCGGUUCACGUUUGGCUGGAUAACUCCACCACCACACGGGGUAUGCGGUCGGCGAUGGGGUCAAAAUGCUCGUAUGAUCGAGGGCUUUUCGAUGGAUCUAUCGGCGGGUUCUUAUUCGAAAAAUCGAGCGAGUUCGUGGUGGAGCGGUUGGAUGGCAACAGAGUCUUGACACAGCUGAGAGUAUGA